AUGCUUAAUCUAUUUGGUAAAAAAACACACCAGGAAACUCUUCCAACCAAAUACCCAGCCAAAUCAAAACCAAAAACCCCCAAGGAUUCACCAAGGAUUCAUCAUUCUCCUAAACUUAUCCUGACACCAGAUUCUACCAAGGGAAUAGCAUAUAAUUCAGCCAGAAUAUCACGACCUAACGGUGUGGGUGGUAUUAGUACUUCAGGAAGUUCAUCACCCACAACUGAGUUUGUUACACCACAAGCAUCAAAAUCCUCUGUAGACCAAAAUAAAAAAAGACAACCAUCACCGACCAACCAUAGACAUGAUACAAAUAUACCAGCAAAAGUCACACCACAUGGCUCUUUCAAUCAAAAUAAUGGGAAGUCGAACCCUACUAUACAAAACAAAAAGAAAAAGAAGGCUGGAGAAAGAGUUGUUACAAGGACUCGUCCGAUCAGAAAGAAUUAUCGUGAUCGGAGAAAUAGUGUAUCAUCUAGAGAGUCAUUAAUAUCAAGGGAACGGAGGAACAAACAAAAUAGACACAAAGCAAAACCACAAUCAAAAGGUCAUGGAAACAUAGUUGGAAAAACGGCUUCAAAUGCCCCUAUUCCUAAUAACCCACCAUAUCCAAUACACGAUAUCAUCGAUACUAGCUUUGAAUCACAUUGUGAAGAUGAAGAAGAGGAAGGUGAUAAAAUGCCUUCUGGGUUUGAAGAAGUAAAUAGGCGAUCAGUUUCACCUCAAAACAAGCAACAGAUUAUUGGUCUUGAUGCUACACGUAACCAAGUACAACAAUCGACUUAUACCGCAUUAGAUGGCAGUAACAACACUACUUCUAGAGAUUCCACAUACAUCACAAAACAUAAUAAUAAUAAUAGAAAUUCGACUAUUCAGCAAGUGGGGAGAGUGAAUUACAAUCCCAACCGGUCAUCGUUAGAAUCACAGAGAGUUGAAGCUGUAGCGUGUAUAUUGGAAAGAACGGGGAGUCUGGCCAGGGAUAGCAGACGUGCAAGAAGAGCUAGAGAAUUGAGACGACUGGCUAGUAUUCGUGAAAUUGAUGACCUACAACCACCAUCAUCGUCAUCAAUCAAUGAGUCUAGAAACCUGUCAAAUAUUAAUACUCAUCGUGCCAAUAGAAGAAAUAGUAUUUCUUUCACUAACGUCAAUUCCCCGCAAAUUCAUUCUAAUGCAAGUCAAAGCAACUACAAUAUUCCUACUUCGGACUUUAAUGUACCCGAACUGAUAAUGCCAAGUCAAGUUGAAAGACUGUCACUGUCACGUCAACAAGCAGACAUAUCCAUACAGGAGGAAGCAUCCACGGAAACUCCUAUACCACAACAGCAAUCACAAUCACAAUCAGAACGCCAAUCAGAACGCCAAUCACAAUCCAGAUUACAACAAACAAGAAAUGCUAUAAUAGAUAGAUUAAACAGUAGAAUAGAUGCCUCAAUGUUCCCAAUUGAUUUAAUAGAUCCUCCACCUUUGGAUGAGUAUUCCACUGAAGGGGCCAAUCAUCAUUAUAACAACAACAGCAAUGAUAUGAGUAAUGAGCUGUGGGGUCAUUCUCCACCAUAUCGAGAAAAUUUACAUAAAAGAGUUGAUUUGAUAUCAUUUGAUCCUCGAUAUUCAAUACCAGUUUUACGAAUAAAUAAACGAUUAGUUAAUAAUUCAACUAAUUUACAUAAAGUGAUUCGAAAAUUGAUUAAAUUACAAAUUGUUCCUGAAGACGUUAAUUUAUGGGACAUUAAUAAAGUUGAUGAUGGGGAAUUUUAUAAUGUUUUACCAAGGUUAUUAAUGAAUGAAAUGGAAGCAAGUGAUCAACGUCAACAUCAAGAACGACAACGACAACGACAAGAAGAUUAUGAAAAUGAAUUGCAACGAGCACUUGCCAUAUCAUUAGAAGAAGAAAAUCAACGAGAAAUGUUUCGCGGGUUUCGAUAUCAAAAAUCAAGUAAUAAUCGAGUCAUUGAACAAAUUGUCCAAUCACCAGAUGUUGAUUUGAAUCAUGGACGAUUUGUUGAUGCUAGUGAAGUACCAUCACACCAGGCACCACUUCAACCCCAGGAAGGACUGAGUUUACAGCGUGACUUGCUUAGAGGAUUUAGGUAUAACCAAUCAAGAGCAAGUAGAGCCGCUAUGAAUGGGUUAGUUGAAGCAUCCAUGCCUGCCAAUGCUACUGUGGAUGAAGGUGAGGAUGAACAAGAAGGAGGUGGGAAUGGAGAUGAGUUUAUUGAUGUUGAUGAAGCAAUUCAUAGUUGGAGAUUACACGACCUGCAAGAGAACCAAUCGAGUAAUCAUAGAAGAUUAUCACCGCCUCAUUUUCGAUAUUUACAACUGCAUCAAAGUCAUAGUCACUCCUCUGUUUCAUCGUUUAUGACUGCUUAUUAA